AUGCCUCUAUUACACUCUAGGGUGACUAAGGUUACUUAUAGCAAUCUUGUGGAUAAAGUGCAUGCUAGGCUGGCUUCUUGGAAAAGUAAGAUUCUCUCUGCUGUUGGAAGGGCAACUCUUAUUCAAGCUAUCACUUCAGCUAUACCAGUGUAUGCUAUGCAAACUUCUAAACUUCUUAUGAGCAUUCGUGAGGAUUUGGAUAAAGUGAAUUGCAAUUUCUUUUGGGGAGGCAGUGAGAAGAAGCAUAAGAUUCACUUGUGUCAGUGA